UGAGGCAACGAGUUCUUAAGAGACGGUCUCAUAAGUUGUAUAUGGGACCAAAAGAAGAAUUGAAGUUGAUUGUCACAGAGCCUGAAACAGCACUAGCUGCUAAAGAGGAGACAUUUGAAGAAAAAUUAGUUCCCACAAAGGCUCUGAAUGCCACAAGCAGCCUUCAAACAAAAGGUGAUGCAGAAGCCUUGGAGAAAGCAGAGAGUUUUGUUCCAAGUGGUGAACUCCAGGAGGAAGCUGGCUCUGUGGAGAACGUCGUGGAAACGUCUGCAAAGACCUCAUGUUCAGUGGUGUUUGAGAACAUAAAAGGUUGCAGUUUGAAGUGCUUAUGUGUGCUGUUGGAGAACAUCAGCGGCCUGGCAGUAGAUGACGACUUCACUGUGGAAGUGAUACCUGAAAUAAAUGUUGCCGUAGCUACCUUUGUCAAAAGUAUUGAUACUGAAAAAUUUCUCCAAAAAUGUUCACAAAACAAGAGAGUUAAAGAAUUCAAAAUGACUGCCAGGCUUCUUGAAUGCACCCAGAGCAUCAAGGCUGAACAUGUCCCGGCCAGCGUUUCCACAGACGACCUCUCGGUUUACUUUGAGAGCACGCAGAGUGGAGGGGGACCCGUGUCAGACAUCCAGCUCUUCCCAGAGGAGAGCUCGGCCAUCAUUACUUUCUGUCAUCACAGAGAUGUAAACUCUGUCUUGGAAAAGCAGCAUGUUCUGGAACAGACACAGAUUUCUGUGCAUCCAUAUUACCACUCCCUGAGAACAGCUCUCUAUGGAGCAGCAAGACCAACUAUCAAGGUGCCACUAGAUCCCUAUGUCUGGCAGUUUUUACAAAGGCAGCCUAAACUGAUCCAAGACAUAAACCAGGAAAUGGCAGUUUGUCAUUGUGAGCUUAAAUGGCCUCAGAGAGAUGGUGGACAUCCAGAAAUUAUGUUGUGCCCAUCAUCAUCUCUCUCCAAGCUGAGAAAGCCAAUGAUGAAGUUGAUCAAGACGUGGAAGCGAGAUGCUACUAAUGAGUUCUUGCUUAUCAUGGGACGUUACACAGCUAUAGAAUGUAAAGUAAAUUCAGAGAAUUGGGAAGAAGUGAAAAACAGAUUGGUGAAAGAUGUUGCUUUGAUCAUAAUUGAUAUUUCUGAGGACACGGUGGUGAUUGCAGGCAACAGGGCAGCAGUGGGCAAUGCAGAGAAAGACUUGAGGAAAUGCAUGGAGAAAGCCACGAAGCAAAGUGAAAGGACAAACCAGAGCAUUGAAAUUUCUGUGUCACUGAUGCCAGGGAAGUAUGCUGUUCUGCACAACACCCACCUAGAAGAGAAGCUUCACAAAGAAUAUCCGUGCUUAAGGAUCUUUUAUGACAGCACAAAAAAAACUGUUCAGUUGUGUGGCUUACCUGCAGAAGUACAUAAAGUCAAAGCUGACUUGCUGGAAAAAGUAAGGAAUAUGCCGUUCACAUCAUUUGCCAUUGAUCCCCAUGUUUUCUACUAUCUGCAGCAAGUAGAUAAUAAAACAAUGUCAGAGAUGUUAUUCACUAGGAAAAAAAUCAAUGCUUUUUAUGAGCUUGAGGGUGAUACCAUGUUGCUAUUUGGAGAUGCUCCCGAAGAUCUCUUGGAAGCAAAAAAGCAAAUAAAGACAGGCUUAGAAUAUGAGUGCAUCAAAGUGGAGGAUGGUGAGGUCAUUAAGAAGGAGCAGUGGAGGAAUCUCCUCGCCUCCUUGCGUAAGAAGUACAGUUCCUCCCAGGAAACCAUAGUCAUUGAUGAAGCUGCUGGAAAAGAAAAUGAAGUGAUUAUUGCUGGUUUUUCUAAGGCCGUAACAGAAGUUUAUCAGAAACUUAAUGAUUUUAUAGAUAGAAAUACACAUGUGGAAAAAGUAAUCCCAGCUAAGGCAGUGGUGGCAGUGCAGUUUGUAGAGAAGGAAAAAUCCAAUGUUUAUCUUGAAUUGAGGAAGAAAGGUGUGACGGUACGUUUUGAAACCAAGACACCAUGUAUUUCCCUGAGUGGGCCAAGAUCAGAGAUGCCAAAAGCAGUUGCUAUGUUUGAAAAAAUUAUCUCAUCCCUUUACUUCAAAAAUGUGACAGUUGAUAAACCGGGAGCUAAAGAGUUCUUCGCUGAGAGGAAAGAUUCUUGUGUUUUUGAGGCAAAGCAGAAAUUUAGCUGUUUGAUUAGGCUGGCAGAAGAAGAAGAAGAAGAACAACAACAGAAACAGGAGGGUGAAAAAGUCAGUGAUAAAGAGAAAAGCAAGCGCUACUGUGAGCAAAUACUGCCAGACGGAGUUGUCGUAGCAGUGUAUAAAGCUGACUUGUGCACUCAUCCUGUUGAUGUCGUGGUAAAUGCAUCCAAUGAAGACUUGAAACACAUUGAUGGCCUUGCCAAGGCACUGUCACAAGCAGCUGGUCCAGAGCUGCAGCAGGAGUGUGACAGGCUGGUGAGGAGGAACGGGAACCUGCAGCCUGGCUGUGCCGUUAUCACGGGCUCCGGGGAACUUCCCUGCAAGAAUGUCAUUCAUGCUGUCGGGCCCAGGUGGAGGAAGGAUGAAGCAGAAAAGUGCUUGCACCUGUUAAGGAGGACAGUGAAGAAAAGUCUACAACUAGCUGAAACCUACAAUCAUCAUUCUAUAGCUUUACCUGCUAUAGGUGGAGGGAUCUUUGGCUUCCCGCUGCAGGUGUGUGCAGAUUCGAUUGUAUCUUCCAUCAAGGAGACCUUGGAAGAAUCCAUGGGGGAUAGCAGCUUGAAGGAGGUUCAUCUGGUGGAUAAUGCAGAAGAAACAGUUCAGGUUCUGAGUGAGACAGUAAAAAAAGUGUUUACAGCUAAAUCAUCCUCCCCAAUACUGUCACCAAGCUUGGAGAAAUGUAAGCUGAGAGAAGGCCAGGAGAAGAGAAAAGAGCACUUAGAGAUGGUUAGAGGUGGUCCACAGGUGGUUAUGACAAAUGAAGGACUUUGCAUCCGAGUAGAGGAGAAAAAUAUUCAGGAUGCCACGACGGAUGUUAUUGUCAACAGUGUUGGCACAGAUCUGGAGUUUGGCGUGGGGGCACUUUGCAGAGCCUUGCUGGAAAAGGCUGGGCCAGAGCUCGAAGAAGAGUUUUAUGAAGAGGAACAAAGACAGUUUGCUGGUCAAGGGAGUGUGCUCUGCACCAGUGGAUGUCGUCUAGCCUGCAAGUUUGUGCUGCAUGCCAUACUUCCUGUAUGGGACAGAGGAAAAGGACAGACCCUGAAGACCCUAGAAGAUGUAAUCAAUGCCUGCUUGAAGAAGACUGAAGAAUUUGGACUGAAAUCAAUUGCUUUCCCAGCUAUUGGAACUGGAGGAUUUAGAUUUCCUAAAGCUGUUGUUUCUAAAUUAAUGUUUGAUGUGGUAUACAAGUUCAGUAGUCAUCACACUCGAAAGACUCUACAGGAAGUUCAUUUUCUUUUGAAUCCAAAAGACACGGGUAAUAUUCAGGCUUUUAGUGUUGAACUAAAACAUAGAGCAGCUGAAAGUGGCAGUGCUGAAGCACCAUCAUCAAGCUUCAUUACACCUGUUUCAACUGAAGUAUUGGGAGCUCAUGAAAUGCAGAUUGGUUCUGUUACACUACAAGUAAUUAGUGGAGAUAUUACCAAGGAAGAUACAGAGGUUAUUGUAAACAUAUCAAACCCAACAUUUGAUUCCAGAUCAGGGGUCUUCAGAGCAAUUGUGGAUGCUGCUGGUUCCAAUGUAGAAGAUGAAUGUGCUCAAUAUGCUGAGCAGUCUCAAAGUGGCUUUAUUACUACCCAAGGUGGAAAACUGUUGUGCAGUAAAAUCAUCCACUUGAUUCACAACAGCAACGUGAAGAGUCAGGUCUCCAAAGUGCUUAAUGAGUGUGAGCUAAGGAGGUACAAAUCCGUUGCCUUCCCGGCCAUUGGAACAGGCAACGCAAGACAGAGUCCAGCAAAGGUAGCUGAUGACAUGUUGGAUGCUAUAGUGGAAUUUGCAAGCAAAAGAUCAGUACAGCAUUUGAAAAAAAUUAAAAUUGUCAUCUUCCAGACUUAUAUGCUUAAAGAUUUUUAUGAAAGCAUGAAGAAAAGAGAAGAUACAGAUUUAUCCCCAGCAGAGUCGUGGAUGUCUAUGUGUAAAUCAUUUUUUGGGGGAAAAAAACAACCCACUGAGAAGAAAAAACCCAUGUCUUUAGAGAAGAAAGUUAACUUAGCCACAUUUCAAAUUUGUGGAGAAAGCCAAAAAAAUGUGGAUGCAACUGAGUCCUGGAUAAACAAUUUAAUUUUAAAGGAACAGUUUGAAAACAGUAUUUCAGAUGAGUUAAUUGAAAAUUUUGAUGAGAGUCAAAUUGAUGCUUUGGCAGAUCUCCAGAGAAGAAAGCAUGUUACCAUUCAGCUUGAAAAUAAACUUUCCCCUCCUUGCAUUAAAAUUUCUGGUGUUAGCAGGGAUGUCUGUUUUGUUUCUGUGGAAGUUCAAAAAAUGAUUCAAAAAAUAAAAGAUACUGAAGAAGAACAAUCCAAGGCGGAACUGGUUUAUAACCUGGUAGAAUGGAGGUAUCCAGUAAGCACUGACAGCUUCGUUGCUUUUGAUAAACUGACAAAUAUGCAGCUGGAGGAUGCCAAAAUAGCCAGAAAACCACAUCUUACUGUCAAAAUUAACAAGAACAACUACAAGGUGGAUCUGAAUACUCUACAAGCUAUUGAUGACCAAGGAAAAACCAUGAAACUUCAACGUGUGCCAAAGAAUGAAGACAGGCAGGCGGUGGAGCUCCCCGCGCAGUGGGACGACAUGCAGCAGGAGCGGGUCCGGCUGGUGUAUCUUGGGCCCUGGCAUCGGGAGUACCUGGACGUUUGGCUUCGGUUUCAGAAAACUUGUCCCGGCUUUCUCGUAGAGAAGAUUGAAAGAAUACAAAAUCCCUUCCUCUGGCAGACGUAUCAGAUUAAAAAAAGAUCUCUCUGUACAAAGAACAAAAAUAAAAAUAAUGAGAAGUUGCUAUUUCAUGGGACAGCUCCAUCUUCACUGAGCACAAUCAACUACAAUGGAUUUAAUCGUGGGUUUGCUGGAAAGAAUGCUGCAGCCAUUGGAAACGGGACCUACUUUGCUGUUGAUGCAAGUUAUUCUGCUCAUGAUACUUAUUCCAGGCCGGAUCCGAAUGGGAGAAAAUACAUCUACUUGGCUCGGGUCCUCACGGGGCAGUACUGUGCUGGGAGCAAAGGACUAGUCACUCCACCACCAAAAAACAAGGCAGACCCUACUGACCUUUACGACAGUGUGGUUGAUGAUGUGCAGAACCCAAAGAUGUUUGUCAUAUUCAGUGACAUCCAGGCAUAUCCCCAAUACCUCAUUACUUUCAGAAAAUAG